UUUAACAGCUGUGUUCGGUAGUAUUCAUUACUACCCAUUUUCCUUACAAAGAUUGAAAAAGGGACAUAAAUCCACCUAAAAAAUGAUAAUAUACGGUGUCUAUAUAGUAAGCAAAUCGGGAGGUCUUAUAUUUAACUUGGACAACAAUGUGCCACGUAUAGAACAUGAGAAAACAUUCACUUAUCCUCUAGAUUUAAUGUUGGACUAUAAUCCUAAAAAAGUUUCUGUGGUAUUCAAUCGCAAAGAUGGUAUUAAUGUUGGACAUGUCCUAGUGGCUAUAAAUGGAUCUCAAGUAAAUGGCGCUACCCUCGAGGAUGGGCGUGAUGUGAAGACAGUUUUGGAAACAGCCGAAAAUUAUCCAAUUAAUUUAAAAUUUAGCCGUCCCAAGAUGACCACAAAUGAGAAAAUAUUUUUGGCUAGUAUGUUUUAUCCAUUAUUUGCUAUAGCCUGUCAAUUAAGUCCGGAGCCCAAAAGUUCUGGCAUUGAAACAUUGGAAACGGAUACCUUUACGUUACAUUGUUUUCAAACUUUAACUGGAGUUAAAUUUAUAGUUAUUAGUGAAACAGGCUCUAGCGGCAUGGAUAUCUUAUUACGCAAAAUCUACGAACUAUAUUCGGAUUAUGCCUUAAAGAAUCCAUUUUAUUCACUAGAAAUGCCCAUACGUUGCGAGUUAUUUGACAAUAAGUUACAAGCACUAUUAGACUUAGUAGAGAAAACGGGAGCACUUAAUUUAGAAAAAUAAAAUAAUUUUAAAUUGCCAAAAAUGAAA